CUGAGGGACAAGCACACGCGCUGACAGGCUCCCAACGCCAUUUUGUUCUAGCAACAAGCGGCAGACGCCUCGGCACACGGAAUUAUGGCGUCACCCAGGAAUAAAAACAUUCCUGGCUUUGUCUACAAGCUGUGGUCGAUCGUGGAGGAGCCGGCCCUGGACCCGGUGAUCUGCUGGAGCGAGAGUGGUAACAGCUUUUGCAUUAUGGAUGAAGACAUCUUUGCUAAAGAAGUACUUCCAAAAUACUUCAAACAUAGCAAUAUACCCAGUUUCAUACGACAGCUCCACCUCUAUGGUUUUCGAAAGGUGAUUUUUGACAGCGUAUUUCAAGCCAAGGUGAAUAAAGUGAUGGAAUAUCACCAUCCUCUCUUCCAAAAAGGAAACACCAGCCUUAUGGAAAAUAUCAAGCGUAAGGGACCAGUAAUGAAAAAUAAUGUCGGAAUUCACCCUGAUGAUCUCCAAAGAAUGAUUACUGAAAUGCAUGAGAUAAAUGAGAUGCAGAACACCAUGAAUGGCAGAUUUGAAAACCUUAAAGUGGAAUAUGAAGUCCUGUUGCAUGAAUUGAUAAACCUGAGACAGAAGAACUACCAGCAACAGCAGCUAUCAACAAAGCUUCUCCAGUUGAUCUUGAACAUUACAAGCAGAAACAGUGCGAUAAACACAAAUAGAAAAAGGUCAUUUCCAGCCAUGCCUGAAGCUCCAGCAGCCAAAUGUGCUCAUCAGUGUUUCCAUUUUCCAGCAGAGAAGAAGAAAGAAGCUGUGGAGAUAUUAACAAGUGAUUAUGAACUUUUUGAAGACAAAGUUCUGGUUGACAAUCUCUUAACUACUUUGAAAGAUGAAUCAAAAAAUGUAACUGCUACUCAAACAAAUGGAAAUGACAGAAAAGGCUUUGAAAUGUCAAUUCAGAAUAUAGCAAUGAGUGAAGAGUCACCUACAAUUAACUUGGAUGUGGUCAAGACAGAAUGCGAAAGACCAGUGACCCCAGAAUCCUUUGAACAGAAGACUAAAAAUAUUUCUUUGGAACUGGCGCCUUCAUCUCAGGGCAGUAAUCUGACCUUCACUGAAGACAAACCAAGCACCUCAUAUCAAAUUAUAACGAACAGGAAUGAGAUGCCCAUGCACCAUUUUGAAGCCAAUGUGGUGGAGAUGAAGUCAUUGCUAUCUAGGAAAAAAAUGAAUUAUGACUCUGAUCAUGCCAACAAGCUCGUCAAUUUUGAACUUUCUGAAUUGAGACCGAAUGGAAAUGAAAUUUUUCCCAACAAGGAUGUCACUGCAGAAUCAGAUGGACCAGAUAUAAGGAAAAAUGAAGAAAAUGAGAUAAAUCUACUUGAAGACAGUGGAAAUAAAGACAAGCAGGUGGUGAAAUAUGUGAGAAACCCACUGCUGUCUCUGAUAGAAAAAAUGCUGAGAAGCAACUUGGGAGUGAAACCGCAAGAUUCCAAGGAUCAUUUUUCGGAUAAUGAGAACCCAUCAAACAUCUUACCAAAAUUAGAUGUGAUUCCAUUGCCUCUCCGAUGAAGUCAACUUCAAAGGAAAGAAAGAAUUUGUCAUGGUCUCCAUCCAAUAUGUCUUAAAAAGAGCAUGUGCUCUUAAAUAUGAUUUAGAGAAUUUUAAAAAUCUUUACGAAAAGUCCAUAUCUGCGUUGCUCUAGUUUGAGUUCUCUUUACUUUUCUUGAAUUACACCUAAAAUCUUGUGCGAGAACUCCAGGUCACACUGUAGCCAUGUUCCUUCACAAAACAUUGGGAAACCCAAGAACAAGUUACUCAUCAGAAGGGAAGAUGAGUCAUCCAUUUGCAACCUACCAUUUCUCAACUUCCUCUCCCAUCUCUACAUUCGGCUCUUAGUUGCUUCAAGUGCACUCUGCGUUCUGUGAAAUUGUUUUGCAAUUAGCUAUGCUUCAUGAAUGUUGUGAUGUUUUAACUAAAUCUGGAAAAAGCAUCAUAAGCUGUUGCUGCAGACGCUUUCAUGUUUGCCCAACCAGUUAUCACCAUAACAUUUAGACUGCAGAUUUUGUUUAGUAGACGCAGGGUUUUAAAAUAUGUAAAAUUUCAUGUUUUCAAAAUAAACAUGAAAUCAAUAAAUUUUUAAAAUUUA